AUGGCCGCGAAGGCCAUCGCCGACGCCAUCCGCACGUCCCUGGGCCCCCGGGGCAUGGACAAGAUGAUCCAGAAGGGCGACGGCGAGGUGCUCAUCACGAACGACGGCGCGACGAUACUGUCGACGAUGGAGGUGGGCCACCCGACGGCGAAGAUGCUCGUCGAGCUCUCCAAGUCGCAGGACGUCGAAGCGGGCGACGGGACGACGUCCGCGCGCGCCGGGGCCGCGCGCGGGUGGUUCGAGGUGUGCGUCCUCGCGGGCGCGCUCCUCGACGCGUGCCACCAGCUCCUCGCCAAGGGCCUCCACCCGACGACGAUCGCCGAGGCGUUCGUCCGCGCGAACGCCGAGUCGCCGAGCCCGUGGACCUCGGCGACCGCGCGACGCUCGCCGACGCCCGGGCGGGACACGACGAGCGUCGACGCCGUCGCGACGUGCCUCUCGUCCAAGGUCAUCGCGCAGAACUCGGACGCGCUCGCGCCGCUCGCCGUCGACGCCGUGCUCGGAGUCGUCGACGCCGCGGCCGCCGCGACCGUCGACCUCGACCGCGUCAAGAUCGUCAAGCAGGUCGGCGGCACCGUCGACGACACGGAGCUCGUCGACGGCAUCGUCUUCGCCCAGGGCGCGAAGAAGGCCGCGGGCGGGCCGACGCCGGGGCGGCACGAGAGGGCGACAUUCCCGACGCCGACGCGCGUCGCGAACGCGAAGAUCGGCCUCAUCCAGUUCUGCCUCUCGGCGCCCAAGACGGACAUGGAGAACAGCGUCGUCGUCUCGGACUACGCGGCCAUGGACCGCCUCCUCCGCGAGGAGCGGAAGCACGUCCUCGGGCUCUGCAAGAAGGUCAAGAAGGCGGGCGUCACGGUGCUCCUCAUCCAGAAGUCGAUCCUCCGCGACGCCUACAACGACCUCAGCCUCCACUUCCUCGCGAAGAUGGGCAUCCUCGUCGUCGCCGACGUGGAGAGGGGCGACGUCGCGUACAUCGCCGAUACGCUCGGCCUGUUGCCCGUCGCGCGUGAGGGGCUCGAACAAGCUCGUCCUCGAGGAGGCCGACCGGUCGCUCCACGACGCGCUCUGCGUCGUCCGGUCGCUCGUCAAGGAGAAGUUCCUCGUCGCCGGCGGCGGCUCCGCGGAGGUCGAGGCGUCGCUCGGGCUCGCGGACGCCGCGGCGCGCGAGCCCGGGCCCGUCGGCUUCUGCCUCCGGGCGUUCGCGGACGCGCUCGAGGUCGUGCCCUACACGCUCGCGGAGAACGCCGGCCUGAAUCCCAUCGACGUCGUCACGAGCCUGCGCAAGCGCCACCGCGGCGGCGAGGCCGACGCGGGCAUCGACGUCAAGCGCGGCGCCAUCGGCCGCAUGCGCGCGCGCGCCGUCGUCCAGCCCCUGCUCGUCAACACCUCCGCGCUCGGCCUCGCGACCGAGUGCAUCUGCAUGAUCCUCAAGAUCGACGACCUCGUCCUCGUCCGCUAGGUCGGCGCGCCACGAUGCCACCCGCGGACGCGGGGCGGCGCCGAGGGACGCAGCCGCGCAAACUGCCGGCUUCAUCUGGGCUUCAUCCAUCCAUCGAGUGUGACUCGGGAGUCGGCUGCGAGAGUCCACCGCCGCUGUAGGCCAAGGGCAGGUUGUUUCUCUCACGCGCCGCCACGCCAGGGUCACCAAUCAUAUCCCAAAACGCACUGGGCUGCCGGGGUAAAACAUAAUCGAACAGUG